AUGCCCGCCGCCGCGGCCCAGAGAACGGCCAAUGCGGCUGGUCUGACCAACAUUCUCAACCAAGAUGAGCCACCCGUUCAAAGUGCGCCGCCUCCUCAGCUGCGAGACUCUGGCUUCUACUCCACCGCCGAGGCUUCCAGCAAACAUAACUCUGGCGCCUCGUUCAACGCUGCCGGCCUGAGUCCCGCAUCUGGAUAUCAAUCUUCUACCGCCGACAAGACGCCCUCGCCAGUCGCGGCAAACACCGUUCCUCAUCAGCAAUUGUCGCCCGCCUCUGCCGCCAACAUGAGCGUUGCCGCCAUGGUCUCCCCCACUUCGUCAGUCGGCGUCGACCGCCGUUUUGAGCGUCCCACCUCCCACGAGUUCCCUGGCCAGCUAGGCGACGGUCUCGGCGCCGCCUCCAAUGUGCGCCGCGAGAGCGUUGACAGCAGAAUCAACCAGGGCAUCAGCGACAUGCGCCUCGGCGGAUCCCCGUACACCAGCAACAACCAGUCCACGAGCUCUCUCACGAGCACCCUGCACAGCCAGCGCAAUCCCCGUGCCGGCAUUGACAGCUACGCCUCGCAUAGAAUUUCCAAUGGCUACCAACCCAGCAACGAUCGCAAUCCGGAGAGUAAGACGAUUCGCACAGCCCCAGCCAUUACCGGCCCGGCCACCGGCACCAUUGCCCGCGCUGCCGAGCCCACCAAGGGUCAGGCCUGGGCUUUCCCCGAGGAGGAGAUUAAGCGUGUCAGCCACUAUGAUGAGUCGAGGAGAAGCAGCGUAACCGACUCCAUUGCAAGCAGCCAGUUCACGACCGAGUCGCGCCUGCCUUCGGGCCAGCGCCGACUGGAGGACAGCAGCGAAUAUGCGCGCAUGUCCGGCCACUCGUCGGAGUUCCCCUCUGUGCACCACCACACCAUGCAGCACAAGCAACUCAGCGAUCUGCAGGCGGAAGAGGGCGCCGGCGGCCCCGGGGCUCAACCAUAUAGUCGCACGCCGGAGCUGCGUGUCAGCCACAAACUGGCCGAACGCAAGCGCCGCACCGAAAUGAAGGAGCUGUUUGACCAGCUGAGAGAUUUGAUGCCCCAGGAGCGCGGGUCAAAGGCAUCUAAGUGGGAGAUUUUGACCAAAGCCAUCACCGAAUACCAAAGACAGACGGAUCACAUUCGCGUUCUCCAAUCGCAUUACAACACUGCCGUUUCCGACAAUGAGCUUCUCCGGCGCGAGCUCCAAGCCGUCAAGAUGGAGCUUUCGCAGGUUCGUGGUGACCACCCACCGCCAGCAUCUCAAGCGCAGACCAACGCCGCGCCCGGCCACCCGUUCCCUCCAGAGCAGUAUCCUUCGUCGUCGGGCGGGACCGAGCUUCCUCCGCUGCGGUCCAUCAACAACGGCAUGUCAAACGGUCCUGAUUCGAUGACGGGCGUCCAAUAUGACGGUCCCCGGACCAACGGCUACCGUGAGCGGUAUUAG